AGAAGAAACGAGGGUUGGUAGAAUAAUGUAAUCAUGUAGAAGUAAAAACCGUAAAAGUCGUCCCCAAGGUGAACGACGGUUUUCUUGUCCAAAUUUCUCAGUCCAGCUCUCUAUUUCGUUCCAGGUGAUCAAUUUAGUCUUCUCUCUGUAUCGUCUUAUUCUCUUUUGGCGGUUUGGUCGUAACACAUUCUAGGGCAGAGUGGGAAUUGGAGGAGACUGUCCCGAAGAUCUCGGCUGUCGUCAAUCGGAUCUGACCCGAGGCUCGACAGGAUCGAGAGGAGAAUCGUAGAUUCGUGUCUGCUGAAGCUUUUUGUGUUCGAUCGAUCCCUCGCUGGAUCUGAGAGGAGAUGGCCUUGUCUGGAAUGAGAGGUCUCUCCGUCUUUAUUAGCGAUGUUCGAAACUGCCAGAACAAAGAGCAGGAGAGGCUCAGGGUUGAUAAGGAGCUUGGCAACAUCAGGACUCGUUUCAAAAAUGAAAGGGGUUUGGCACCUUAUGAGAAGAAGAAAUAUGUUUGGAAAAUGCUCUACAUAUAUAUGCUGGGAUAUGAUGUAGAUUUUGGUCACAUGGAAGCUGUGUCUUUAAUAUCUGCACCUAAGUACCCAGAAAAGCAGGUUGGAUACAUUGUGACAUCAUGUUUGCUUAAUGAGAACCAUGAUUUUCUCAGAUUGGCCAUUAAUACUGUACGCAAUGAUAUUAUUGGGCGCAAUGAAACUUUCCAGUGCUUGGCGUUGACCAUGGUCGGGAAUAUUGGUGGGAGAGAGUUUUCAGAAUCUUUGGCACUUGAUGUCCAAAAGUUGCUUAUGUCCAGCAGCUGUAGACCACUUGUAAGAAAGAAGGCUGCUUUGUGUCUUCUACGCCUGUACAGAAAAAAUCCUGACGUUGUGAAUGUAGAUGGCUGGUCAGAUUGUAUGGCACAGCUUCUGGAUGAGCGUGAUCUGGGAGUUUUGACAUCUGUUAUGAGCCUUCUUGUUGCUUUAGUGUCAAAUAAUCAUGACACAUACUGGAGUUGUCUUCCAAAAUGCGUUAAAAUCUUGGAGAGGCUUGCUAGGAACCAUGAUGUCCCACAAGAGUAUACAUACUAUGGUAUCCCGUCUCCCUGGCUACAGGUUAAGACAAUGAGGGCUCUCCAAUACUUUCCUGCCAUUGAAGAUCCAAAUAUUAGAAGAUCAUUGUUUGAGGUUUUACAACGUAUUCUAGUGGGAACUGAUGUUGUGAAAAAUGUUAACAAGAAUAAUGCAUCUCAUGCUGUUCUCUUUGAAGCCCUUGCAUUGGUUAUGCAUCUUGAUGCUGAAAAGGAAAUGAUGUCUCAAUGUGUUGCGUUGCUUGGGAAGUUUCUUGCUGUCCGUGAGCCCAAUAUCCGAUAUCUUGGACUGGAGAAUAUGACUCGGAUGUUGAUGGUAACAGAUGUGCAGGAUAUUAUCAAGAGGCACCAAGCCCAGAUCAUUGCCUCACUGAAGGAUCCUGAUAUCAGUAUUCGAAGACGUGCUCUUGAUUUACUUUAUGGCAUGUGUGAUGUCACAAAUGCAAAGGACAUAGUUGAAGAGUUGUUGCAGUAUCUCAGUGCUGCAGACUUUGUAAUGCGUGAAGAACUGGCUCUUAAAGCUGCUAUUCUUGCGGAAAAGUUUGCCCCUGAUCUAUCAUGGUAUGUUGAUGUGAUAAUUCAGUUGAUUGAUAAGGCAGGGGAUUUUGUCAGUGAUGACAUAUGGUUUCGUGUUGUGCAGUUUGUUACAAAUAAUGAAGAUCUACAGCCUUACGCAGCAGCAAAGGCCAAAGAAUAUAUGGACAAGCCUGCUCUACAUGAGACAAUGGUGAAGGUUAGUGCUUAUCUCCUUGGAGAGUACGGCCAUCUUUUGGCGAGAAGACCUGGGUGUAGUCCGAAGGAAAUCUUCAGCAUUAUACAGGAGAAGUUUCCUACUGUAUCGGCUGCUACUGUUCCUAUUCUUCUUUCAACAUAUGCUAAGAUCUUGAUGCACACUCAACCCCCGGAUCCAGAAUUGCAAGAUCAUAUUUGGGCAAUCUUCAACAAGUACGAGAGUUGCAUUGACGCAGAGAUACAGCAGCGAGCUGUUGAAUAUUUUGCAUUAAGCAGGAAAGGUGCAGCUUUAAUGGAUAUACUGGCUGAAAUGCCAAAGUUCCCAGAGCGGCAGUCUGCAUUACUCAAAAAGGCUGAAGAUACUGAAGUUGAUACUGCGGAGCAAAGUGCCAUCAAGUUGCGAACCCAACAGCAGACUUCAAAUGCCUUGGUUGUAACUGAUCAACGUCCUGCUAAUGGAUCUCUACCUGUUGGACAGCUUAGCCUUGUCAAAAUGCCUAGCAUCAGCAGUAAUGCAGAUGCUAAUGCAGCAGACCAAGAGUUGACCCAUGCAAACGGGACUUUGAGCGUAGUAGAUCCCCAACCUGGUACACCUUCAGCAGAUCUCCUUGGUGAUCUUUUGGGUCCACUUGCUAGUGAGGGUCCUCCUGGAGCUUCUGUCUCAGCUCAGCAAAAUGUUGUCCCUGGAUUAGAGGGUGCAACAAGUGCAGCUGAUGCCCUAGCACUAGCUCCGGUUGGAAUACAGUCAAGUUCAGUUCAGCCGAUAGGAAACAUUGCUGAAAGGUUUCAUGCUUUGUGCCUGAAGGACAGCGGUGUGCUAUACGAGGAUCCUUACAUUCAGAUUGGAAUAAAAGCAGAAUGGCGAACCCACCUUGGACGUCUUGUCCUUUUUUUGGGAAAUAAGAGUACAUCCCCCCUUGUUUCUGUCAAAGCUUUGAUAUUACCACCCACCCACUUGAAGAUGGAGCUCUCAUUAGUACCAGAAACUAUUCCUCCAAGGGCGCAGGUGCAAUGUCCGCUUGAAGUUGUGAAUCUUCGGCCAAGCAGGGAUGUGGCUGUUCUCGAUUUCGCAUACAAGUUUGAAACUACUGUGGUCAACGUGAAGAUUCGCCUUCCAGCUGUCUUGAGCAAAUUUUUGCAGCCUAUUUCUCUGGCUCCUGAAGAGUUUUUCCCUCAAUGGAGAUCGCUUUCUGGCCCUCCUUUGAAGCUUCAGGAAGUGGUUAGGGGUGUAAAACCAUUAUCCCUUCCAGAGAUGGCUAACUUAUUCAACAGCUUUCACUUAGUGGUUGCACCUGGCCUCGAUCCAAAUCCAAACAAUCUUGUUGCAAGCACAACCUUUUACUCUGAGAGUACUCGGGCCAUGCUUUGCUUGAUUAGAAUUGAAACAGACCCGUCAGAUAGAACCCAACUCCGAAUGACAGUUGCUUCAGGAGACCCGACAUUAACAUUUGAGUUGAAGGAGUUCAUCAAGGAGCAAUUAGUUUACAUUCCUACACCAACCCCUGCCCCUGCACCAGCAGCACCACCACCACAGGCACAGCUUGCAAGCCCAGCUAUGAGUGUAAUGGAUCCUGGUGCGAUGCUUGCUGGGUUGCUUUAAGAUGACAACUGAAUGAUGUGUGCAGAUUUUUUUAACUACUGACGGUUGUACCUGAUAUACACAUCCUAGCCCUGUUCAGUGCCUCAAAUUGCGGAAGGUAGGGUGGUGAGGAUUGGUACAAUGCAGGGGCUGGCGGAGAUUAGCAUGUUGUGGUCGGCUUUGUAUGAGUGGAUUUUUUUCGAGAUUGGGUUGAGGGAUUCUUUUGGGCAUUUACGUGGUGCCCUUUGGUGAGGAGGUGUUAUGCAGGUGAUGGUUAUUAGGUUAUACACGGUUUCUGUAAUCUGAUGAUAUUCAAGAAUGAGGGAAUGCUUGAGGUAGUCAUUGUAACAGUUUGCAUUUGUGAUUUAUCCAUAUUGAUAGAUCAAUAAGAGGAAGAAAGGAGUGUGGGAACUCACAGUUCGCUCCCCCCUCCCCUAUUUUCCUGGUAUUCAGUAGGCA